CUUCAGUCUUACGUCUCCUCUUCCCUUUUGCUCAAUAACAUCCCUACAUGGUCCUACCAUCACCAUGGCUUCGGCCGCGGAUUGUGCGACUGCCGCCCCGAUCGUUCCGCGCCCGAUCAACUCGUCUCGUCUCCUCCGUCGCGCCGCCGUUGAUUCGCAUUGACAAGGGAACGUUCUAUGACCGAUACCCCACGCCCGACGAUGCGGAGAAGGAGGUGAACCCACCGCUGUUUCCCGAUUUUAAUUUUACGCUGCCCUCCGGACCCACGCCAGAAACAGGGACACCGCAACACUGGGCGGUGAUCGGAUCGGCCGCACGAACGCCACUCUUGAAUAUCCUCCGCGGCCAAUACGUCUGUCUACCGCCCACCGCCCGGACCUACCCCUACCUCCAGACCGAUGAGAUCGCCAAAAAGGAUCCCCGGCUGCAGUUCGUGGGGAACGCCGUCCGGUACGUGGGGUUUAAUGGCGAAGGAUCACAGACCUCGGGGGGCAUCCGCGGGGCAUACCUGAGUGCACGCUAUGAGAGUCUGCGCGAGGAGACGGAUUGGACCGUGCGCCAGUACCUCCGGGGUCAAAUGUCGCUGAACCCGCUGGAAGGGGAGGAGGAAGGCACCAUCCACGACGACGGCCUCCUUCGCCGCGUGGUCGGGGACCUGCGUCUGGACCCGUUGAUGGACAUGCCCGUCGCCAACCUGAGCAACGGUCAGACCCGGCGAGCUCGCAUCGCCAAGGCCCUCCUGAGCAGACCUGAGCUGCUCCUGCUCGACGACCCCUUCAUGGGCCUCGACCCGGCCACCGUCCGAAGUAUCUCGGGCCUGCUGCAACAUCUCGCCGACAGGGCCGAUCCCCGGAUGAUCCUGGCGCUCCGGCCCCAGGAUCCCGUGCCCGACUGGAUCACCCACCUGAUGGUGGUGAGCCAUGCGAACCAGGUCUUGCUCCAGGCUCCCCGAUCCGACGCGGCACGGAUGUUCCAGGUGUGGCGGCAAGAGUUGACGCCCGGGCGGAAGACCGCGCCGUCCGCGGCGGAAGAGGACGAUCCGAUAGCCGUGGAGGCGCGCAAGGCGCUGGAGGCCGGUCUCAUCGAUCGGCAGACGCUGUGGGACCUGGAUCUGGUCUCCGAGGAACCCAUCCACGUGCCGCUCGUGGCCUCGCGCGGCGGAGAGCCGUUGAUCGAGAUGGACGGGGUGCGGGUGCAGUACGGGGACAAGGCGGUGUUGGGGGAUUGGAAACAGCCGGUGCAGGGGGAGGAGAAGGACGGACUUCACUGGACCGUCCGCCGAGGCCAGCGCUGGGCGAUCCUGGGCGCGAACGGGUCGGGCAAGACGACCCUGCUCUCGCUGAUCACCUCCGACCACCCCCAGGCCUACGCGCUGCCCAUCAAGGUCUUCGGCCGCUCGCGGCUGCCCGAACCGGGCCAGCCGGGUCUGUCGCUGUUCGAGCUGCAGUCGCGGCUUGGCCACUCGUCGCCCGAGAUCCACGCGACCUUCCCGCGCCACCUCUCGAUCCGCGCGGCGAUCGAGUCAGCCUUUGCCGAGACGAUCCUCUCUAAGCCGCGACUGGACCACGAGCGGGACCUGGACGUGAGCGCCGUGCUGCGCUACUUCAAGGGGGAGCUCGACCCGCACGCCGCCGUCACCCUGGGCCGUAAGCCGCCCGUCAUCCCACCGGACUACCAGCAUUUCCCGCGGAUCGGCAACGUUCGCACGACCCACUACUCCCCCGUGGACUACGACGUCGAGUACGCCGACGAGGUCACGUUCGGAGAACUCAGCACGGCGCAGCAGCGCGUGGUGCUGUUCCUCCGCGCCCUGAUCCACAAACCCGACAUCAUCAUCCUCGACGAGGCCUUCUCGGGCAUGCCGUCGUCCCUGCGGGACAAGUGCAUCCACUUCCUCGAGGUCGGCGAGCUGGGGCGCCGCCGCCACUCCACCGUGACCCGCCGCAGCAGCCGCAGCGAGGCCUGGCUGCACGGGGUCAGCCUGCCCGAGCCCGCCAUCCGCCACCACGGGCUCUCGGACCAGCAGGCUCUGGUCCUGAUCAGCCACACGCGCGAGGAGGUCCCGGACUGCGUGCGACACUUCAUGCGACUGCCGUCCACGCCCGCGGACGGGACCGAGGUCGACUUCCGGGUCGGCAUUUUGAAGUCUGGCAGCAGCCUGAACCAGGCGCACUUCUGGGACGUGGCAUGGUCUCCGGCCGAGGAGUUUGAACGACAAACCCGGCGCGCGCAUCGACGCAUGGACGAGACGGCCUAUCCGGACGAGGACGAACGGAUCUACCAGUGGGCUAUCUUCUAGACGGCCGUGUUUUGCUUUGGGUUUUUGCAUCUACGAGGGGUUCUCAGCGUUGUACAUUAGAC